AGCAAUGUGCAACUGCCUCUUCUUUAGAGGCUCACCAGAUAGGCGUAAUGUCUCAGAAUAUAGCUGGAUAAUUUUAUUCUCUCGGUAUCACGCCCUAGGAUGAUUUUCAUCUCAUCGUAAUAUCUGAUUUCAUAUAUGGCUCAGAUCUUCAAGGCAAGCCCAGUUAAGACUAUAUUACCGCACAACUUUCUUAUAGGUCCAGUUAUGUCCUUUAUAUUGCUCUCUCGCCGGCUACUGUCAUCUCGGAUCCUAUUAACAAGGGUCCUUCCCAAUCACACCACUUCGAGGACUGAUCUUCAUUGUGGCUUCGUAAUCCCUCGUCACAUUGACUGGUCGACAUAUCGUAGCUCUCGUGCUGUGAUUGGGCCGGGUGAUUUUCGACGAUCGUUCUCCGACAGUGGUCGUCCGGGACACCAGGAAAGUGAGAGGAAGCAGUGGGGUUCCACUAUCCUUACGCUUGUCGCCAUUCCCGCCUUUGUUGGGUUCGCCUUUUGGAUUCGCUGGUACACCACUCGGGGACCGGACUAUGGAAAGCUGUCGGAGGAAGCGCGGAAUCAAAGUAGCGGACACGUCAGUUUGAGACGAUCAGCCCAAGAUACCCCCCAUCUUCAAUCCACCACUACUUCCACUUUAUCUGCUUCGGACAUAUCUUCGAUACCACCGGUGGUCGAAAAGGCAACUAGUCCUGAUGACAAUCCUUCUGCUCAGACCGUCCCCGAAUCCGGGAGUAGUGAGCAUGCCCCAUCAACCUCAACUGAUGAACGGAAGUCUACUCAGGCCUCCUCAUCCAGUGAACCAGGUCCCCAGACAAAUUACAUUGACCCUGCUAAAGUGGAGUUUCCUAGCCACGUCCCCUAUCUCAUCGUCGGUGCAGGAGCCGCAGGUCUGUCUGCAGCACGCGCAAUCCGAGCAUCGCAUGCUCAGUCGAAAGUUCUGAUGAUCGCAGGUGGAAGUGCACCUGAUUUUGGAUCUGAACCAGGAAUAAGUGAAACCGACUUUCAGGAGCCUCCACCAUAUUUGAGGCCCCCAUUGAGCAAGGAACUGUGGCGGCGCAGUAAGACACGUGAACAAAAGGUCCUUCAGACAACGGGUGACAUUCGGCGUCACUCCUGGCUUUAUUACGAACCGGAAUGCUUUUUUCUCAAACCAGAAUACUUGCCCGCUGUAGAAUUCGGUGGAAUUGCUUUGCUACGUGGUGAUCCAGUGGUCCGUUUGGAUGCUGAUUCGCAUAAAGCAAUCCUGGCAUCCGGGCGCAUCAUUACAUAUGAUCGGUGCCUACUUGCAACUGGUGGAAAACCUAAGCGAUUGGAGCACUUGGAAGUGUGUGCAACAACUCAAAGGGAUUUGAGAAAGGCCGGUCUGGUAUCUUACUUUCGCACCUUGGCUGACUACAGGAAAACGGGCAGCAAAGUAGCCGUUAUUGGUGGAGGAUUUCUUGGAAGUGAAUUAACGGUCAGCCUGUUGACCGAGCCUACGCCAGACGACAAGAGUAAUGAUAAGGCUAACGAAGCCACAACCAAGUCCAGUUCGACGUCAAAGAACAAUUUAUCCCUCCUUCACAUCUUUCGUGAGUCUUCUCCGAUGGGACGUAUUCUCCCACCCUGUUUGGCGUCGGCAACUGGCCGGUUUGAAGCCGGACGAGGUGCCGAACUGUGGCCAUCUUCUGAAGUUGUUAGCAUCUCGGUAGUCCCCGACCCGGUGCCGUCACCUGUUACUGUUACUGUUCGGAAAGAUGAGAAGAUUCCGUUUGCCACCCUGCAGACGGUGGCAGCAAGUGAAGUCGUGCCACAACGGGUUCGUUUGCGGAUUCGUCGAAAUGCGAUUGAAGGGAGCAAAGUAGAAGACGUGGAUGUUGACCACGUGAUUAUUGCUACUGGUAUUGAACCGAACACCCAACUUGCCGACUCCGCUGGUCUGGAAAUUGAUCCGGUGAAUGGUGGGUUCCUCGUCAAUGCGGAGUUUGAAGCUCGCGCUGGAGUCUUUGCUGCUGGUGAUGCUGCCUCAUAUUGGGACCCCGUUUUGGGAUUCCGGCGAAGGGUUGAACAUUUGAAUUUCGCUGAAGAAACUGGGGCUUUAGCUGGAAAAAAUAUGGCCAGGAUUGCACCAAAAGAACUCACUGCAGCGUCCGAUUUGCACUAUGAGCCCAUCCGGUAUCAGUAUCAGUCGUCGCUGUGGUCCAGCCUUGGGCCAGACCUAAGCUGGGACGCAAUCGGUCAUGUAGAUUCGCGACGUCUGUUAACACGGGCAUUCUUUGUAUCCGACGAUAUGGUAUCGUCUAAGGAAACAAGCGCCAAUGGUACAGCUAAUGCACACCAGUCGAUUCCCUCUGCAGAAUUCGGUCGUCUGGGUCAUGGUGUUGUGUUCUAUCUGACUCCAGAGGAAAAGCGCCUUGUUGGUAUAUUGCUUUGGAAUCUACCGGAGGACCUUUACAAGGAUCAAGAAUAUACUGCUCCUAGUCGUCUGAACUUAGCUCGUAGUCUGUUGGCCAAACGGAUGUGUAUCGGAAGCAGCCCAAAUGAGACCGAGGAUGAGGAACUCCGCCGAUUGUCUAGCUACUUUGAUCUUGUUGGAGAACUUGAGGAGGACUAUAAUGAACUGAAGGCAUACGCUGAAGCGAAGAAACAAGAGCUACUGAGUUCGGCUGUUCAGGAAGAUAAGCCUGUUCAAGGACCCGUCAGUUCGUCUGAGCAGUAGUCAUUGAACUGCGUAUUUGGGAUAUUCAGGCAGACUCCACCGGGCACUUUCCAUAAUAGCGACUCUCCAAUCAUGUAGAUUUUCAGUCAAUUCUGUACAGCCCUUCUCAGUUUAUAAUACUACGAGUCCAUCGCGAA